AUGGCCGCCUUUCCCCAAAACAACCGAACGUAUCAAAUCCUGGAGGCAGCAAGAACUGGGGGUUACGCAGUUGGAGCCUACAAUUGCUACAACGAUGACGGCGUGAUUGCGGUGAUCCGGGCAGCGGAGGCUUGCAACUCUCCUGCUAUCAUUCAGGUCUUUCCAUGGACAUUGAAGUUUCAGGGCCCCGAGUUUGUCAAGUAUGUAAUCGGAGCCGCACACGCAGCAAAGGUACCCGUUGCCGUGCAUCUCGACCACUGCAUUGAGCCCGAGGACGUCAAAGCCGCCCUUGAGCUUCCCUUUGAUUCCAUCAUGGUCGACGCCUCGAUACACGACGAGGCGGAAAAUACGCGGCAGUGCAGAGAGAUUGUAAAAAUCGCGAAUGCCAAGGGAAUUGCCAUCGAAGCGGAGAUGGGCCGGAUAGAAGGUGGCGAAGACGGAUUGCCCACUGUUGAUCUCGAAACUAUUCUCACGAGACCUGAGCAUGCGAAAGAAUUUGUCAAGGAGACGGGUGUUCAGUUUCUUGCGCCAUCUUUUGGAAAUAUCCAUGGUAACUAUGGACCUGGCGGCCCAGAGAAAUAUUGGAGACUUCCUUUGUUGAACGACAUUCAUGACGCCAUCCCCGAGACGCCUCUGGUUCUGCACGGGACGCAUGGCGUUUCCGACGAGCUCUUCAAAAUAGCAAGGAAGCAGGGAAUGGUCAAGAUCAACAUGAACAGAACUGUCCGCGACGCAUACACAGACUUCAUUGCUGAGAAUUCUGCAAAGCUUGAGCUUACGGUUCUCAAGAUGAACGGCACGGAUGUUUAUGCCAAGUCUAUCGAGAGAGUGAUGAGAGACGUCCUGUAUUCCGCCGGAAAGGCAUGGGGCGGAAAGGCAUGA